AUGUCAACCGAAGAAACGUUUAACAAAGAAGCUGCCAAUGCAAUAGUUGGCUUUCUGAAAUCCAAUCUAUCGAAAUCAGGACAACUGACCAUAGAAAGUGAAUUGAAAACAGAUUUUGUUCUUGCAAAGAAAAGGAGUCAUACAAAAAAGAAGAAGAAACCACAGAAAAAAAAGGUACGCUGUCUCACCCGGCAAGAAAAGAAGUCAAUAGGAUUUUAUACAAUACCAAGAGAUGGUGUGAAAUACAAUGAUAUCUUACCUUUAAAUAAAAUGUGGUCAAAGUACAUAAAUGAUGUGUUAGAAUUAGAUAAACCUGUACCAGAUCGCACGAGCAAGUCCUGGGAAACAUUUACUCAAACUUUAUUCAGAGCAGACUUCCAUGGAAGCAUGCUGAAUGUAGUGCGGUCAAAAUGUCCGAGUUAUGUUGGCAAAUGUGGUAUCUGUAUUAUGGACACAAGGAACACUUUUAAAAUUGUAUCACAAGACAAUGUAACCACCACCAUACCAAAGAGGGAAUGUGUCUUUGAAAUAUUUUUAGGCAAACAGAAAAUUACAAUAUUUGGCAAAAAUCUAUGUGUGCGACCCGCUGAAAGAUCUACAAAGAAAAUAAAAGGACAUAUUUAUCCAGAUUUAUAA